AUGGACUUAUACACAAGACCGUCAAUAUUUCGAAGUCUUAAAAUUCUUCAGCUUUUACUUGCUUUAGCUUGUUUAAGCCUUGAGAUAACUCAAAUUGUUGAAUUUUCGAAAUCCGAUCCAAAAGUAUCGGAUUAUUUCGAUUCUCGAUAUAGGAGUUCAGAAGGUUACGGCGUCAAAAUUUUCUUUUACUGUGUCAUCAUAAUCACAAUAAUAGGAAUUGGUGA